ACUGUUAAAUUAGCGUCGAAUUAACACUUACGGCAUACAUUCAAGCUGCACGACACGAUAUAGACGUAUCUGGAGCAUUGCGUCCUGCAAUUUGAACACAGAGUAUUUUAUAGGAGUUGUUCGUCGUUUGUGGGAUCCUUUUUCUGGAAUAUACAAGAGUCUUCACAGCGCACCUUUCAGGAAGAGCGAGCAGCAGGCGGGCGCGUGACUGAUCCGUGCGCGUUCACGCACCGGCCACUUGCGUUGUGUCAAACACGUUCAAGUAUGGCAUUGCUCUUUUGCGAUUUACCGAACAGAAACGGAAAACAUAAACGGGAUUACACUUAUUGAACUUCGUCGGUUUCGUGGAAGAAGUGGCUCGAAGCCAUUAUAUCGACCUGACUACGCGCCGGUGAGUUUGCUUGUGAUGUUCUGGCUUUAAGGAUGCAGUCAUCUACUUCAUGUUGCUUAGGACCAUAAAUUAAGUGGUCAGACCAUAUGUGUAAAAACAAAACAAAAAGCGGUAAGGUAAACCAAAAGCCACAUCCAAAGUUCCAUGAACAGAGAGAAUCAUGACAUUGUGAAUCCAGAUUAUAACACUUCUGGAAGCUGGACGAAAGCCAUGGGAAAGGAGCAGGACCUUCUUCUGGCUGUGAAGAAUGGAGACCUUCCUUUAGCUCACAAACUUCUGGCCAAGAUUAAGACCAACCGAAAUAAGUUGCUGGGCUCCACAAAAAGGCUAAAUGUGAACUACCAAGACCAAGAUGGUUUUUCAGCUCUUCAUCAUGCGGCUCUCACUGGCACCACUGACCUUUUGUCUCUGCUGUUGGAGGCACAAGCCUCCGUGGACAUCAAAGACAGUAACGGUAUGCGUCCACUGCACUACGCUGCCUGGCAGGGGAAGGCUGACUCUGUACUUAUGCUGCUGAGAGCUGGAGCUUCUGUGAAUGGAGCUUCACAAGACGGACAGAUCCCUCUCCACCUGGCUGCACAGUACGGACACUAUGAGGUGUCUGAAAUGCUACUACAACACCAGUCCAACCCCUGUACUGUCAACAAGGCCAAGAAGACCCCUCUGGACCUGGCCUGUGAGUUUGGCAGACUCAAGGUGACCCAGCUGUUGUUGAGCAGUAACAUGGUGGUAGCUCUCUUAGAGGGGAACGGCAGGGAUAACACCCCCCUGCAUCUCGCUGCCCGCAAUGGUCAUAAGGACAUCAUCAGACUGCUGCUAAAAGCUGGGAUUGACAUCAACAGGACCACUAAAUCCGGAACGGCUCUACACGAGGCCGCCCUCUAUGGGAAAACGGAAGUAGUAAAGUUAUUGCUUGAUGCUGGGAUUGAUGUGAACAUCCGCAACACCUACAAUCAAACAGCCCUGGACAUUGUGAACCAGUUCACCACUUCACAUGCCAGCAAAGAAAUCAAACAACUCCUUAGAGAAGCUAGCGGAGCAUUGCAGGUGAGAGCUUUGAAGGACUACUGGAAUCUCCAUGACCCAACUGCACUCAAUAUCCGGGCAGGAGAUAUAAUCAUGGUCUUAGAGCAGCACAUGGAUGGACGUUGGAAAGGACACAUCCAUGACAGUCAGAGAGGGACCGACCGAGUGGGGUUCUUCCCUCCCUCCAUCGUGGAAGUCAUUAGCCGCAGAUCAGGGGGCGUUCUCUCCCGGCAAGCCUCACUGCCCAUCCAGAGACAUCACAUUCUGUCCAGAGCCCUGUCCUCACACAGUUCUCAUCACACCUCUCACACUGACGACUCCUACACCUUAUACUCAUCCACCCGUCCUGUACUGAGUCACCUCAAUGGGCUGGAUCAGCACACAGGUGCGAUUCCCGAAAGUCCCAGUGCCCUGUGUAAGCCAGCUAGUCCCAAAGUGCCAGAGGAUGUUUGGGUCCUCAGGACCUCUCUUAAUGCAGGUGACAGGAACAGUGUGGGCAGUGCAGGCAGCAUGGGCAGCAGCCGCAGUGCUGGCAGUGGACAGAGCACUGAGGGAAACUUUCCACACAAUGGACCCAAUCAGUCACCUUCUGCCGUCCAGGACAAGCUGCCUCCCUCUGCUGGAGAACUUGUGGAACAGUGCAGCCAGGCCCCUGACCCCGCAAAGCAGACGGACACUCAUUCAGGUGCUCUUGGGUGGAGGAUUCCUCUGAGCAGCUCCAGACCUGGAGAACAUGUCAUACACCCACAGAAACUUCUGGAUGGCAAGGAUGCUGAGGCUAUUUACCAGUGGCUCUGUGAGUUUCAGCUUGAGCAGUACACAUCUAAUUUCCUCACAGCUGGCUAUGAUGUGCCCACAAUCAGCAGAAUGACCCCUGAGGAUCUCACUGCUAUUGGCGUUACAAAGCCUGGUCAUCGCAAGAAGAUCUCCAUGGAGAUCGGCAACAUGAAUAUCCCAGAGUGGUUGCCGGAUUACAUUCCAUCUGAUAUUGGGAAAUGGCUCAGCGCUAUUGGGCUGCCACAAUACCAGAAAAAGCUAGCAGAGAAUGGAUACGACUCCAUCAGCAUAGUGCAGGAUAUCACAUGGGAAGAUCUACAGGAAAUUGGCAUUACUAAACUGGGCCAUCAGAAGAAGCUGAUGCUUGCUGUUAAGAAGCUCAGUGACGUCCAGAAGGCUCGUAAGAACCAGGCUGAGGGGCAGGCGUUGCUACAGCGCAGAAGAGCUCCUCCCACCCUCGAGCUUGUGGCCAUCGAGCAUCACGACAGCUCCGAAUGCCCCUCGUCACCUCUAUCACCAAAGAUGCUUACCUUCCAGGACAGCGAGCUGAGCGUUGAGCUACAGAACGCCAUGGCUCGCAGCGGACACGGUGGAGGCCAAGAUGCUUUCGGAAACAUGACUGGAACGUCCAUGCGUCUUAGUCAAGAAAGCAUCGGCACACGGUCAGGAGGUUCAGGACGGUCGCAAGAACGUCCAAUGGCAUCGGUAACCCCCAACAGCCGCUCACAAGAGAGCCUAGGCAGUAUGGACAACAGUCCCAGCAAGGAAUCUCAGGAUAGAAACCAAAUAUCACCUGUAAAAAUGGCGCCAGUGUUGCCGCUACAGCAUCAUCACUCCUCCUCUGGCAGUCCAGUGAGAACGCCACCCGUAACUACUAGUAAAAUAGCACGCUUCGCAUAUCCUCCCAUUCUUACCAAACCUAGACCGGUGGUUUCUCCCUCUCAGCCCCAUCAUGGAUCACCUCAUCAGAGGGGCUUCAACUACCUGCAGCAUCAAAACUGCAACACGGGAAGCCCAAGUCCAAUCAGAGCCCCGCAGCCAAAUGACCCAUCCCGCUCCAAAAAGCGCACUCAGAGUCUUUCACGUUAUGCCAUGUCGGAUGGAGAGAACGAAGAAGAUGACAUCUCAACCCCUAUGACGACAACCGCCAAUGUGGCGUCUUAUGCCACGCUCACUCGCAAGCCCGGCCGCAGCCAACCGUCUUACAGUUCCGGUGAGCGCCAAGUGGGCCGCAGUCAUUCCUUCGCCAUACGUGCCAAGAGGAAAGGUCCCCCUCCUCCCCCUCCAAAGCGACUAAGCUCUGCCCCAAGCAGGGUAACCACAAGUGGGGUCGAAAUGGAGAGCGCAGGAAGUGUCCGAAGCAUCGCAGCCAGGCUGGAGAGCAAUACAGGAAGCCCGAAUAAGACAUGCAACAGCCCUGUUUUUAAAGCCAUGUCCCCAGCCAUCUCGCCAAAACAUAUGGAAAACCGUAGGAGGACCGCUAGUGAAUCUUCAACGUACGAAACGAAGCACGGCGGAGAAACUCCUCUGAGGAACCAGCAAGGUUCAACGUCCUCACAGGAGAGCAUACCUUUCGCAGAAGAGGGCAAAGUUACCAUCAAACAAAGGACCAAAAUAGCAUCCGCUAAGAUAGAGUCUGAGGCCGCUGUUGAAAUUCUGAAGCCGGUGCAAUCUAUCAAAUCAUCCCUAGAGGUGCCAGAGUUUAACUUAAAGGAAUCAGACACAGUCAAAAGAAGACACAAGCCAAAGGAACUGCAGAUGAAAGGUCAGGGCACCAUCACGCAAAUAGGAAAUGAGAGGGCCGCUGAGACAGAGAUGGUCUCUCGGUGCAUGCAGAAUGGUGGAUUGACAAAAAAUCCUUAUAAAUCUGGCCUCUCUCCCAAACCAGGAUCUCCACAUAAACCUCCCACCCCUUCUAAGCCCACACGCCAUUCUUCUGCAGCAAACUCAGGAGUGACAGUCAGCGUGGUCCAGAGCGUGGCCUUUGCCGUCUCACCUCCAUGUAGUCCUCUGGCUCGCUGUCCACAAAACAAAGCAGCUCAAGGUCAGUGUGUGCUGGCAGGAAAGCCACAGGCUGUGACGGAAGGCCAGAACGUGCUGGUCCACAAACGACUUGAGCAAACCAGCACAUCUCUCGAGGCAGCACUUAAAGUUGUGGAGAAGAAGUUGGCUCAGGAAGAUCCAGCAGACAGGGGCAUUAGCACAGUGAAGUCAGCUGGGAACAUUCUUGAUGAUAUAGGGAACAUGUUCGAUGAUCUUGCUGACCAGCUGGAAGCCAUGUUGGAUUGACCUACUGUAAUUUCUACAGGUAUAACCUUUGUGCUGGGCCUUCAUAUGGGAGCUUCUGGAUGUUUUAGACAUCUCGCACUUUGUUUACACACUUCAGUGAUCCUGCUUACAAGCGUUGGUUUUACAGUUGAAUUACACGAGUUAAUUUAAUGGACCGCAGUGCAUUUGUUGGCUGGAUCGUGCCUCAGAUUUCCAAAAGAUCCACUUUAGAACUUCGACGUAUCUUUUACUGUUGCUUUCUGCAUCUUCGUCUCGCUCGGACAGGACGUAUCUGAAGUGAAGAUUGCCGAAUGUAAGCACUUACUGUUCAGAUCAUCUGUGCUAAAGCUCUUUCGACAGAGGCUUUAAUUUCCUGUUGUGCUCACAGUUGGCCUCUAGCAAAUGGAUAUUCGGUGUAAAAUCAAAGUGAGGUACAACCUGAACUUGGUUUCAAGUGUCUGAGAUUCAUCACUCUUAAAGAUCCUGUUCCAAAGCAAUAAUACAGCUGAUCAAAACAUAACCAAGAAAGUGCUUGAUUUAUUAAUGACCCAAAUGUCAUGGACCAAGUAUGUUAGACUGUACUGUACAAAAAAAAAAAGGUCCAUGCCAGCAGAUUCAGUGUUGUACAGUAUAUUUUUUGUUUCACUGUACAUUGUAUGUUUCAAUCUUUGCAGAAGAACUCAACCAGAGCUUAACAUGUUAAGAAAAUGACUUUUCUUAGCAUAUUAAUAGUAUAUUUUGACAACCGUUGUGCUUGGGGGAAAGAGAAAGGUUAUAUGGAUUACAUCUAUUAUAUAUUUUUGUACCAAAAUGAUAAUUUAUUGGGUUUGUCAGGUUAAAAGGGAAAGUCCCUCUUUGUAAAUUCUGAAAUUGAGAAGCUUUAAAAAUAGAAACUGUUGCAAAACGCUACGUUUUUAGGCUCGGCUGACCAAAAGGGAACUUUUAUUUUAAUAAAAUGGGGCCCAUGUGUUUAAAACACACAAAAACAUCACCAUCUGGUAGAAUAUACAGGAUAAGAAGUGUUCAUUUCUAUUCACUUCUGUGGCACUUUUAGCGUCUUUAUGUAGUGUAUGCACUAUGUAUCUUUUAUUGUAGAUUUAUUUCUGCAUGUUCUGUACACUGGCAGGACGACCAGUACUUGUCUGAAAGAGACCUUUCUCUAACUGAAAUGUUGAAAAAAUUGUAUACGUAGAAACUGCAAGAAAACCAGACCAUCCUGUUUCAGCAUGCUUUCUUUUUGUAAGCAACAAUCUGGACUUGUUUUGUAUUACGUGGCAUAAUGAUAUUUUAAUGGACAACGGCACUGAUGGUGCUGCAGUAUCAUUUAAAUAAGCACUGUGUACUUUAUUCCCCAAGUUCAUUCCUUACUGCAGUGCUUUGUGCGGCACUGCACUGUUGCUUCGCCUGAGCGGGGCCACCAGUAUCAUACAUUAAGUAUAAAUAGGCCUCUACUACUUGAAGUAUUAUGUUUAAUAAAAUGGUCAAGAGAUCAAUCCUCAGACUA